CCCCUCCUCCCUCCCUCGUUGUAAUUUCCUCAAACUGACCUCCUCCCGCCAAAAAUUGAUACAGCUACGCGACCUUCCAAUCCCUCCUCAACACCACCACCUCCUCCUCCUCCGCCUCUGGCUUCUCCACGAUCCUCGACGGCCCUUCCACCCAACAGGCAGCCCUGGGCACGGGCACGGGCACGGGCACGGCGCAGGCGACCGCCCGCCGCCUCCGGCGCGUGCGCCAGCGCAUGGGCGCCUACCGGCACGACCUGCUCGUCGCCAUGCGCGUCGUCAACCGCGUCGAGGCCGAGAUGCUGCGCGCCGAGUGGGAGGGCUGGCUGGCCGGCGAGACGCGCCGGUGCGAGAUGGCGCGGGACAUGCUGAUGGCGGCGCGUCCUCCGUCCCGCUCGGCGGCGGCUGCUGUUGCUGCUGCUGGGUCGGGGGGUGGUGGUAAGGAUCAGGGUAAGGGUGGUGGUGGUGGUAAUGCUGGUGGUGAUCUCGGUGAUGAUGAUGCUGGGGAAGAAGGGCGGCGGCGGGCCGCGUUGAGGAAGUGGUUUGCCGAGUACUGUGUCAGCUGUGCUGAGGAGCAGAGGGCGGUGCAUGAGCGGAUGGCGGUGCCGUUUUGAAUUCUUCUUCAUUUUGAGGGAAAUGGAUCCUCGUAGGAUAGACACAUGGAGGCUUUGGCCGGUGCGCAUAGGGAGGGCACAGGGAGCUGUAAUGGUAAUUCCUGAUCGCAUGUGCCUCUGCGUAUGCGCUCCUCCCGGGGCAUGUCAGUGAUAGUGAGUGUGUGUAUAACAGAGAACAGGAUUAGACGUCAAUCACCUGCUUCAUGUCUAGAAAUAGGGACGUUUCCUUUGGAAAUCACAUGCUGCCAACGCUGCAGUUCACGAUGUAGGUCGUCGAGCCCAGAAGAGGGCGAUGCCGAGGCGCAGCUUUCAUAUGUCUUUAGCCCACAACACACUCAACUGAGG